AUGAUGUACCGCAACUUCGCCGCCCGCUCGGCUCUCCGGGCUAUCUCCAGCUCCAAUGCCUCCGUCGCUCGCUCGGCUCUGACCAACCCUGCCUUCAAGGCCCAGCUGACUUCGUCCGCCCGCGCUAUCCGCCCGACCACCAAGCCCAGCUUUGCUCUGGCUGCUCACAAGCCCGUCACCACUGCCCUCAUCCGCCAUGCUUCUAGCUCCUCUAACGACGGCGAGGUCGACAUGAUGGCUGGUAUGAAGUCUGAGGCUAAAGUUAUCAAGGACACCUUCAGCCUGAGCGAGGUCCCCAAGGAGGCCCUUUACCUGGGUAUGGCCGGUGUCGUUCCCUACCUCGCUACCUCUCUGCAGACCGUUGCUCUCUCCUACGAGAUCAACCACGCUGCCCAGACCGGCGACGGUCUGAUCUUCUCCGGCCAGAGCGCUGAGCUUAUGCUGCACAUGCUUGAGCCCGUCCAGGUCGCCUACGGUGCCGUCAUCCUCUCCUUCCUCGGUGCCAUCCACUGGGGUCUCGAGUGGGCCGGAUACGGUGGCAAGUUCGGCUACAAGCGUUACGCUGCCGGUGUCAUCGCCCCCGCCGUUGCCUGGCCUACUCUGCUGCUCCCAUUCGAGUACGCUCUGAUCAGCCAGUUCCUCGCCUUCACCUUCCUGUACUACAACGAUGCCCGCGCCGCUACCGCCGGCCGUGCUCCUCACUGGUACAGCAUGUACCGCUUCGUCCUGACCUUCGUUGUCGGUGCUAGCAUUGUCGCUACCCUGAUCGGCCGUGAGCAGAUCGCUCAGACCCUCACCACCGAGCACACCAUCAAGGACAAGAUCAACGCUCUGAUCUUCCUGCAGAAGAAGGAGAAGGAGGAGGCCGAGGAGCGCCGCAAGGCUGUCGUCGAGGAGGAGGAGUAA